AAAGGAAAAGAGAGAAAGAUAAGUGAAAUAUGAAUAUAUUACACCUAAUUUCAUACAAUUUUUUUUCUUUCUCUUUCCCAAAUUCUUAAACCAAACACAGCGUAAAGGAAAAGGAUAGAAAAAUAGGGAGAGUUUGAAAAUUUUAUUUUUAAAAAAAUGACUUUAUUUUGUUUGUUUGGGUUAGACAGAUGAGAACAAAAUUAACGGGUAUUUGUUGAAAAAAAGAAGUUAUUUUUUACUUUUGUUAACAUAGAAGAAUAUAUAUGUACAAGUAAAUUUAAUCUUCCUUUUAUUUUAUUUUCUCUUGACAUCUGCACAUUAUAUGUUCAUGGAUGCUAUUAUACAUGCAUACACACAUAUAUGUUUGUAUAUGUGUGUAUGAAUAGCAUUUUAAUGUUUGGUUACUGGUUAGAGCUUGAAUGGAAUUUGAUGCACAGGAGUCUUACCUUUGAUGCAUUUGAAGUGUAUCCAACUUUGCACUCUAAAUUUUUUUAACCUGGUUGAUUUAUGUUGCAUGUUCAUUGUAAUGUAAUGCAGGUCUUGUGAUGAAGUCAUUCAUGGUAGCUUCAAUGUAAUUAUUUUGUUUGUCAUGUUGGGUCCUAGAUUAUUUUCAAUUAUUCAUUAGUGACGAUCUUUGUUUUCCCAUUUAUCUAAUUGGGUUUUCUGUGAUUAUUGUUGCCUUCUCUAUGUUCUGCCGAUUGACUUAUUACACUCAUUUGUACAUGGCUUUCUAGUUUCUUCAAUGGUCUUAAAAUGACAAGAGACUUUGUGGAUUAAAUUUACUGUAUAAUUAUUAGAAAUGUGAUGCCUCAUCUUGUAUACCUUGUUUCAACUGCUCUGAAUUUGCUAUUAUAACCGUGACAAGCAUGUUAAUGUAGUGGCCAAUAACUGUAUGUAUUCAGCUUUUAAAAAUUGAUUUAAAAGGGAGUUCUUCAUUCAAACAAAAUGCAACCACUCCACAUGGAAGCUCUCAAGGUGGAUGUAAGCGCUUCUAAUUUUAAAAAUCCUUAUUGAUUUCUGAAGAUGCUUUUGGAGAAGCGCUACCCCUUGAUGAUUUCUUAAGAUGUCCCCAGUGCUUCCAAUUCCUUUGUUUUGUAAGGAGCAAUCUUCAAUAUUAGAGUUGAUCGUUCUAGUUGGAGGAGGUUUCCAUGAGCACAUCAUUAAUAAUUUGUGUAGGUCAUAAGGAGCACAAAGCUUUCAUCCUCAACAUUUAAGAAGACCCAUGAAGCCCCUUCUAACAUAAACCCAAGAACCUGUCAUCGCUUAACCUUUCAUAAGUGGAGUAUGUGUGCAUUUAUAUCCACAAAUUUCACUUCAGUCUUCAACGAGUUGCCUGUGGUUUUCUAUUGUUUGACAUACAUACUCAUACUGUCUUACUUAUUUGAGCAUCCAUUUAUGGUUGCUUCUCAAGAUGUGUGAUCUCACUCUGUUUCUCCCUUUGAAUAACAAGGGAUUUUGGAUGGCAAAGGGCAGUGGGCAUUUAACUGAUGGGGAUGCAGCUUAUGAUAACUCGUCAAGAGUUGAACCAAAGCGUUCUUAUAAAUGGUUUGCUGAUGCUACUGAACCAGAGCUAUUCCCCAACAAGAAGCAAGCUGUACAAGCUCCAAACAGCAAAUUGACCACAGGAAUUUUAAAUGCAAAUCCUUCUCCUUGGGAGAAUGAUUCCAGUUUGCCGUCAGCCCCAAGCCAAUUCAUGGAGCGGUUAUUUGGUGGUGACACAAACAGACCUUUCAAAUUUACUGAGCAAAACAUUUCUUCGGUUGGAACAGAAAAAGGUAUCAAUGUAGAAUUUGGAAAUGAUUCGUCUAUGGGCUUAUCUAUGUCUCAUAAUCUGGAUGACCCAGAAACAUGUCUUAGCUAUGGUGGAAUUAGAAAAGUUAGAGUCAAUCAGGUUAAGGACUGUGGCAAUGGUUUGGAUUCACCAAAGGGACAUAAUAGUGGCACGUCCAUUGUUCAGGCCUAUAACCACAACAAUGAAACCAGUUUCAUAUCAAUGGGGCAAGGCUAUGGUAAGGAGGAUGAAGGUAUAAUCUUAAUGGGCCGUAACUACAAAAAAGACACUAUCAUAUCUAUAGGCUCUGCCUCUGAAACGGGGAAUGACAAUAGCAUGUCAAUUGGGCACACUUAUAAUAAAGUAGAGGCCAAUACAGCAUCUUUUGAUGGCUUUCAUGAAGAUCAUGUUUUUGACCCAAUGGCUGGGCCUUUGAGCAGCUACCCGUUAAUAUACGAUCAACCUUCCAUUCAAACAUCAGAAACACCCAACGAAAAGGAGUUUGAUGGAUCCACUGCAAGUGCAGUUGUAAAUGUAUCUCGGGUUACUAAAUCCAGAACUGAGUCUGUGCCUAAGAAUAAGUCAGAGUUAAAAGCAACUAGGAAAGAGGCCCCUAACAGUUUCCCUUCAAACGUCAGAAGCUUGAUAUCAACUGGUAUGCUUGAUGGAGUGCCUGUGAAGUAUGUUUCUUUGUCACGGGAGAAGGAGCACCGUGGGACUAUAAAAGGUUGCGGCUAUCUUUGUGGAUGCCAAUCAUGCAAUUACUCCAAGGUGCUAAAUGCUUAUGAGUUUGAGCAACAUGCUGGUUGCAAAACAAAACACCCAAACAAUCACAUAUACUUUGAAAGUGGGAAGACUAUUUAUCAGAUAGUCCAAGAGUUGAGGAACACCCCAGAGAGUCAGUUGUUCGAUGCAAUUCAAACUGUAACUGGUUCGCCAAUCAAUCAAAAGUCCUUCCGCACUUGGAAAGAAUCAUUUCAAGCAGCAACUCGUGAGCUUCAACGUAUAUAUGGAAAGGAGGAACUGAAUCUAUAGUAGAUUUGUACUAUGUUUGUGAGCUUCUUGUCAAAUUGUUAGAUAAGUAAUCCUCCCCCAGUGUGCAUAGAAGCAAAUUCAUGUUUUCGUUAAAAGUAUGCUAUGUAUAAUAUGCUGUUUGGUAUGGGGAAUAUGUUCCUUUUCAUAACCUUAUUGUAACAAGUUAAUUUAAAAUCUGAAGUUUGCCUUUGUGGUUUGUUAAGA